AUGUCAACUCUUUCAGGACCGUCCGCUACUACGACUGCCGGAGGAAAUUCAACAAUCGAUAAGAAGCCCUGUUAUACAAUGACCCAGUUCCUCACCGAGGCUUGCUCUCCUACCGAGAGAUUGGCUUGCUCAAAGCCCCAGGAAAACAAUGGUCACAAAAGCUCUCGCAAUGGAAGCACAGAAGUCAUGGGGCAGUAUCUCAACCAAUGGCAAUCGUCGUGGGAUGCCAUGGGGGAAGCGGCGAUAUCUUCUCGUUAG